AUGAACGGUGACCCCCUCGAUCGUCUCCGAUUGACCCCUCAAUCGGCACUCGACCACCAUCAUAAGCCAGGUGACCCCUCAAUCGUCUCCGGUUUACACGUGUUCUAUUUUAGGGCUUUUGAAGAGGAACCCGGGUGCCCUUCAGCCUCACCAUUUUCUUCACUGUUUCUCUGUAAAAAAUCAUCGUCUUCAUGGGAUGCCAAUUAUUUGGGUCCGGCUAAAACUGUUCGGAUCACCGACAUCACCUUCCAAUUAGGGCUUUUGAAGAGGAACCUAGGUAAGCGAAUCCCCCCUCUCUCCGCCGUAUGCCGUCGAGUCCAUGUGAAGCCUUGGCCCGGUGACCUUCGUACCCCAUCGUUACAGGUGUCCUUCUUGAAUCUGCAGGUGCCCUUCAGCCUCACCAUUUUCUUCACUGUUUCUCUAUAA